GAUUUUCCUUCUUUAUUCACCAAACAACUUUCUAGUUUUUUUGAAAUCUACCAGUCGUUCCUUUCAAUCUUAUCCCCCAGAUUUCGUGAAUACUUCAGAGUUAGUUCGUUCUUUCCUUUACUAUUAUGUUGUUUAAAUCGAUCGUUACAGGCGCUUUAGCCGCUACUAUCUUGGCCCAACCACUCCAAGAUGAACACCAACAUCAACAUCAGCAUGAAAAGAGAGCUGUCAAGGUUGUCACUCAAGUCAACACCGUCGUCGUCACUGCCGGUUACGGAGCUGCUGACAUCCCUACCACCUCUAUUGCUUUGUCUGCUGCCACUGAUGUGUCUAUCAACACUGAUACCACCAUCACUCCUCAGAACCAACCAGCGUCUUUCUCCAACCCAACCACUUUUGAGACCAAGACUUCCACCUCGGCAGUGUCCACCGCCAGCGCCUCCGAAGCUAUCGGUGCCUCUGGUGCCAAGGGUAUCACGUACUCGCCAUACUCCGAUGAUGGAGGAUGUAAGAGUGCCAGUGAAGUGGCCAGUGACGUGGCUCAAUUGUCUGGUUACGACAUCAUUAGAAUCUACGGUGUCGACUGUAACCAGGCUGCCAACGUCUUGGCUGCUAUUGGUGACAACCAAAAAAUCUUUGCCGGAAUCUAUGACGUGUCCGACAUUUCUGGUGGUGUUUCCACCUUGGCUGCCGCCGUUGAAGCCAACGGUGGUUGGGACAAGGUUGACACCGUCUCCAUCGGUAACGAAUUGGUGAACGGAGGUCUGGCCACUGUUUCCCAAGUUGGUUCUUACGUCGCUGAAGCCAAGUCUGCCUUAACUGCUGCUGGUUACUCUGGUUCCAUUGUGGCUGUUGACACAUUCAUUGCCGUUAUCAACAAUCCUGGUUUGUGUGAUCACUCUGAUUACAUGGCCGUUAACGCCCACGCCUUCUUUGAUGGUUACUACACCGCUGACCAAGCUGGUGACUGGCUUUUGCAACAAAUCCAAAGAGUUUACACUGCUUGUGGAGGUAGCAAGAGAGUCUUUAUUACCGAAACCGGAUGGCCAUCCCAGGGUGACUCCAACGGAAAGGCUGUUCCUUCUGCUGAAAACCAAAAGGCCGCCAUCCAAUCCAUUAUUGACACUUGUGGAAGUGCUUCUACUUUGUUCAACGCUUUCAACGACAUCUGGAAGGCUCCAGGCGCUUACAACGCUGAACAAUACUGGGGUAUUCUUAACUAAAUGACCUAGUUGGAUUUUUUACUGUUUUACUGUUUUUAUCUAGCAUUUUGUAGGCUUGCUAUGCUUACAAGCUUUGGCUGGUGUGAUACCUAUAUAGCAAGAGUUUAUAAAAUGUAUGUUUUCCUUUAAUCGUCAA